AUGAAAAUAAACAAACAAGACCAUCGUGAAAUUGCCAAAGAUUUAGAUUUAUAUAUUUUUGCUGAGCAAGCCGGUCAAGGAUUACCUAUUCUUUUACCUAACAAUGAACUAUACCAAACUAGCGGGCAUUUAUCCCAUUAUCAAGAUUAUAUGUUUCCAGAAAUUAGCCGCAAUAAUGAAUCUUAUUACUUGCGGCCCAUGACUUGUCCGCACCACUGUUUGAUUUACCAACAAAAACCGCGUUCUUACCGUGAACUACCUUUCCGUUUAAGUGAAAAUUCCCUUUUAUUUCGUUACGAAGCCUCGGGAGCCAUGAAAGGCUUAGAAAGAGUUCAAUUUGCUAAGGAAAUUUUAAUUAGUUCUUUAAAAGAGUUGGGAUUGGAGAAUUAUAAAACUUUGCCUGGAGAAGCUGCUUUUUAUGGUCCCAAAUUAGAUUUUGAAGUGCAAGCCGCCGAUGGCAAAAAUAUCACUAUUGCCACUAUUCAAUUAGAUUUUGUUUUGCCACAAAAAUUUGGUUUAUAUUACAUCGAUAAAGGGCAAAAAUUACAAACUCCGGUAAUUAUUCACCAAACUCCCAUUGGCACCUAUCAGCGCUUUAUUGCUUUAUUAUUAGAGCAAAGCGACGGCAAAUUACCUUUUUGGUUAGCCCCUUGCCAAGUGGCUAUUUUGCCUUUUAAUGAAGAAGAAGAAAUUAAAGGUUAUUGUGCAAAAUUAGUCGGAGAAUUAAAAAAAGAAAAUUUGCGCGGAAAAAUAUUUGCCAAAAAAAAACUGAAAGACCGUAUUCGCCAAAUGUACCAAAAAAAAAUUCCUUAUUAUUUGGUAAUUGAAAAAGAAUUAAUUAGUAAAUUAAAAAAUGAAGCGGCAAAUCUUUGUUCUGGGCAUUUCCUCAUUAACAAAAAUACUUAUAUGCCCGCUGAAUUAAAAAGUUUCUUUGCUGAUUUACAAAAACGAGAAACUAUUGCUAACCACGCUAAUUUAGAAAAUUUUUACCAAUUAAAGCCUAAGGAAAAAGUAAUUUACUGGGGGGUUGACUGUACCAAGGAUAGUUUACAUGUGGGCCAUUUAUUUGCCAUUAUCCAAAUUAUUCGCUUUGCCCAAAAAGGAUUCAAAAUACUUUUAGUUUUGGGAGGGGCCACUAGCCAAAUUGGCGAUCCAAGUGAUAAGUUAAAAGAACGCCCGCAGUUAGCCGAAAACGAGUUAAAGGAUUAUUAUCAACAAAUCAAAGAACAAAUCACUAAUCUCUUGCUAAAAGAAAAAAAAACCUCUCAGCCAAACUUCCAACCCUUAGAAUUAUUUUACCGCGACAAUCCUGAUUUAUUAAAAAAAAUUUACCAAAAAUUAGCCCUAGACCAAGCUAAUCCGUGA